CGAAACCAGGGGCGGCAGCUGCGGAAGAGACAGCACGGAGAUGCCACCUGAGACCAAAAGAGAAAGGGUGAAAGCUGGAGCGCAGGCGAAGAACACGCGCGCAGGCCCUGGUGUGGAGGCGGAACCGGCUGGCAGGCUGGCGGCGCUGGAGAGGGAGCUGCUCCGAGACCUCCUCGCUCUGCGGAGGGGUGAGGCCCGCCGAGCCAAGGCUUCGGAAGACCGGCUGAGGCAGAGGCUGCAAGGGCUGGAGGCUGAACUGGAGGAGGCCCGAAGGGAAGGGAAGGCCGUCCAUGCAGAGAUGAGUCGCCAGUGCCAGGCCCUCCGGGAGGAAGCGGAGACCCGCGGCGGGCAGCAGGAGGAGGAAGCCAGAGGCCUGCGGGAGCGGCUCGAGAUGCGCCGGGCAGAGACUGCAGCUGCGCGGGCAGCGGCCGAGCAGGCCCUCAGGGAGCGGGACCAGACUCGGGCUCAGCUCCAGACCCACGUGUCAGACAUGGAGGCCAAGUGUGAGGAAAUCUUACAUGGCAGCCUGGACCAGCUCCUGGCUAAGCUGAGAGCCCUGGAGCCUCCGUGGGAUGGCGUGGGGCUGAGACUCCACGCCAGGCACCGGGAGCAGCUCUGGCAGCUCGGACUCAACCCCCUGGCCCUGUGGGGCCGUGGCAAACAGUGUCCGGGUUCUCGGGAGCCCAGCAAGACAGCGCCUUGAUGUAGAGGUCAACGGGACUAUGGGUUGAAGCUUUCUGGCGAAGAUGAGUGCCUCUCAGGGAGACAUCUCGGUCCUGGGCGGGCCCAUUAGCCUGAAGACAGAAGUCUGACAAGCUCUUAGGCGUUAUCCUAG